AUGGAGUCCCAGGAGUCGGAGCUGUACUGUCCGAUUUAUUUGGACAUUGACAUGAGCUUUGAAGGCACACUAAGCUCCGUCAAGAAAAACCUCGAAAACAACUCACUCUCCAAAAAAACCAAAGCCAUGGAAGAUAUCCUACUCAUGCACUUGAGGGGUAUGGAUGUAUCGAGUUUGUUUAUGGACAUAAUAAGGUUUGCUGUGCCGAGUACUGACCACCGCAUGAAACGGCUUGUUUACCUCUUCUUUCAAACCUUCAACAUGUGCAAAAAAGACGGCACACCUCGCGAUGAAGUUAUUCUUGUAUGUAACGGAUUGAGAAAUGACUUGUGUUCUCCGAAUGAAUAUGUCAGAGGCUCUGUCUUACGUUUAUUAUCAAAUCUCACCAUUUUCAACAUUAUUCAACCCCUCAUACCCUCCAUCAUCUCCAACGUGGAGCACAGAGAGCCUUAUGUGUAUCGUAAUGCGCUGUUAUGCCUGACGAACAUCUCCGAGCGCUUCGGCUCAGACCUCGUCACAUCCUCCUUCAAAACAGUCGAAAAUUUCAUCACAUCCUGUGACGAUGUGUUUGGAACUGUGAGAGCUUACAAGUUACUUGAAAGCUGUAAUCUCGAUCUCUGCAUUCAGUUCAUUCUCGCCAUUGAAUCAAACUUGUUGAGUUUGUCGCCGUUGAUACAUUUGUCGAUUUUGGGAUCGUUUGAGAAGUUGUCGAGUGUGAAUGACCAGAUCGCGCAGAUGAUGAUGCGAAUUCUCACGUUACUACUGCAGUUCUCCAAUAACAAUUCCGUUCUUUUCUACUCCUCCAACCUCCUUCUCAAAUACAACCAUCAACUCACCAAUAUGGAGGAUUUGGGUAUAUGUUGUAAGUGUUUGAUAAAGGUGUUGUUGAAUGAGAGUGACUUGAAUGUGAAGAUGUUAGUGUUGGACAAGCUGCGGAUGAUCCACCGUUCCUCCCAAAACAUCCUCGAAAACUUUGUUAACGACCUUUUAAAAGGUCUAAGUGUGACUAAUCUGAUGAUCACUAGGAAAAUCCUAUCCCUCGUGCUCAGUGUGUGUAACAAGUCAAAUAUCAACACUAUACUCGAAAACUUACUACGUAACUUUGUUAAGGAACUUAAUUACUCUUGUGAUAUUAUCACACAGUACAGAUCCACAUUGCUGCAGUGCCUGUUUCAGCUGACACACUCUUUCGCACCACAGUUACUCUCCGUUUUCACUGACCUUUUACCAUUUCUAAACUCCACUGAAGUUAUCUCCACUCAGAUUUCUCUUCUUCUCUAUCAUACCAUUAGGGGGUUUACGAGGGGGAAUAUUCGGAAUAUUGGGGGGAACACUGUAGAAAAUAGUGUAGAAAAAGUGUUGAGUGAGUUGGUAAUAGCGGUGGACGGCAUAAAGUAUAAGGAGGUGUUGAUUAACUGUUUAUACAUCAUUGGUGAAUAUUCCACUCAGUUCUCUUUUAUCAACAAGUGUUAUCAAAUAUUGACUGAGUCACCUGUGGAAACUGCUGCUGCAGAUGCUGCAGCGGGAGUAGUGAGUGUAAUAUUGGAGGACGGGAGUUACAGUAGUAAGUAUAGUAAUAAAGAGCACAGUGACGGGUUUAAUAAGCUGUUACUACACCAUAAAGAUAUCCUCCUCUACAACACUCUCAGCACCACAAUUCUCAAACUCAUACAUAAACUCACACUGGACGAGGAGAUGGUGAGAUAUGUGUCUAGAUCAUGUGUGAUAGUGAUAAGGUUGAUGGAGUUGUUGGAUAAUAAUGUGUACCACACGAAGCGGCUGAAGAUGGUGCUGACACUGCUCCUGGGGCUGCUAAAGGACACUCAAAAAUACACCAAACUUGUACAAACCUAUCUCAUACUCACUUGUCAACCUUUUAAUACACAUUCUGAGGACAGGAGUAAUUGUGACAAAUUUGAUGUUGAAAUGUGUCUAAACGAUUUCUUUCCCACGCAACAAAAGGAACAAGAAGAUGAAGAACUUAAACUACUCAAUGACCUAUCCAACUAUCAUAAAAUACAUCAGUUCACUUCAUUAACUGACCCCCUGUACGUCGAGGGUUAUAUAAAGUUAAUUGGUAAUAAAUUAUAUUUUAACAUGUUAAUUGAGAAUAAAAGUACUGAGGUGUUGCAGAAUAUCACAUUGGAUUUAUCUACCGGCACUCACAUGCAACUGGCUACGAGUAGGAAGUUAAUAACUUUGUCUCCCCGUCAACAGGUUAAAACGCAAGUUAAGUUUAGAAUUGACUCGUCUACUGAUGAAACUGUCUACGGCUACGUUUAUUAUUCCACCUCCAGUACUAUUCUCUUACAAUGCCUCAGCUUUAAUCCUAUACACAUUUCCCUGUACGAUUUUAUCCAGAGAAAUAAGAUCUCCGGGGCCCAGUUUAGAACCUUUUGGAACGAUUUUCAAUGGGAAAAUGUUAUCAAACUCUGUGACGUACGGGUGACUCCCACACAAUUAUUGAACUCACUACUGAACUAUACGCACAUGAGCAUAAUCACAGAUGACACAGAGUUUGGGAUUUCCACAGAUUUGUCCACAGAAGAGGAACGAGUUGAAGAGGAUUUAGGGGAGAUUGGGAUGAAAUUGUUAAACGAGUCAUUUCUCUCCAUUAACCUCUUCCUCAAGACCAUUUUCGAUGAGGAGGCGAUAGCGAACUUGAGCCUGGUCAAGAGACCAAACAACACCUACUCCGGAUGCUUCAGAAUCAGAUCACGCGAACAAAAUCUGGCGGUUGGACUUGGGGACAGGAUAGCGAUGGUGACUCGUGAAAUUGCCAUAUAA